AUGAGAUUGAGAGAGUGCGCCCUCGAGAAGCUGAUUGACGAGGUCGCCGAAGGUGUCGUCAUCGACCCUGGGAGAUUGAGCGGCGGUAGCACGGUAGACGAGGAACAAGUCGAUGAAGAGGUUGGCUUGCUCCUCGCUGACGAAGUCGUUGGGAAGCAGCGUGUUGCGGACGACAUGCAGCCAUCUGUCGCAGAGAAUCACGACGAUGUGUCUGAAGUUGAAGGUAGGGAGAUUGAACUGCCAUACUCGGGCCUCUGCAACCCGGGGCUAGUCCAGGCAUCUGCCUUAAGGACCAUGCAAGCUUCGGUGAAGGCCAUCUUGUGCACGGUUGAGCCUCUCCUGGUGCACAAUACUAUUCCUUGGAUCGUAUGGGUCAUUCGGCCACUGAAGACGGUGCUCGGGGGGCGCUGUACAACCAGAUCCAUCACCGAAACCAAGGAACACGAGCUUGAGGCUGAAAGACCUGCCGCAGUAGAGAGACAAGGAGAGGAGCAGUGUCCUGAGCUGUGGUUGAAGCUCGGGAGACAGUGGCAGCUGGCCAGCGCGGGCAUACUGGCCAAAUGGGUAUGUUUCAACACCAACGUCGGCAAGGUCGGACUCCCGGCCCAGCCAACUCACAUCGUGACAAGGAUACACUGGUCAGCGCUGCUGCUUGGCAAGAACGAUGUGCCUACAGCCGUAUCUGUUGUACAGCAAGGACGGGUCCCGGGAGCUCCUGAAUGA